CAGCUUCAUUGCUACAAAUUGUCAAGUUUUACUAUUAUAAAUACGGAGCAGAAUAUGAUGUUGCUGAAGUCAUUGCGGAGCUCGGGCACAUUUCGCUCUGUGCUGUUCUUGCGGUUCUCAGGCUCGGUGAGAAACGCAAGCAAGUUCGACUACGAUUUGGUGGUGCUGGGCGGUGGCUCGGGCGGUCUGGCCUGCGCCAAGGAGGCCGUCGAGUAUGGCGCACGAGUUCUAUGUCUCGACUAUGUGAAGCCGACGCCGGCUGGGACCAAGUGGGGCGUGGGUGGCACCUGUGUGAAUGUGGGUUGCAUACCCAAGAAGCUGAUGCAUCAGGCCUCGCUGCUGGGCGAAGCCGUGCACGAGGCCGUCGCCUAUGGCUGGAACGUCAACGAUCGGGACAUCAAGCCCGACUGGAAGAAGCUGGUCAAGGUCGUGCAGAACCACAUCAAGUCCGUCAACUGGGUGACCCGCGUGGACUUGCGUGACAAAAAAGUGGAGUACGUGAACUCCAUAGGUAGCUUCGUGGACCCCCAUACCAUCAAGUACAAAACGAAGCAAGGGGAGCUGAAGCAGCCCACUGCUCAGUACGUGGUGAUCGCAGUGGGCGGCCGACCGCGAUACCCGCCCAUUAAGGGCGCCAUGGAGCUCGGCAUCACCAGCGACGACAUAUUCAGCUACGAGAAGGAGCCAGGCCGCACCUUAGUCGUCGGCGCUGGCUACGUGGGCCUCGAGUGCGCCUGCUUCCUGAAGGGUCUUGGCUACGAUCCCACAGUCAUGGUGCGCUCGAUCGUGCUGCGCGGCUUCGAUCGCCAAAUGUCCGAGCUCCUGGCAGCUAUGAUGACGGACCGCGGCAUACACUUCCUGAAUACCACCAUUCCCAUGGGGGUGGAGCGCACGUCCGAGGGCAAGCUGCUCGUUCAGUAUCGCAACACGACGACCCAGACGGAUGGGAGCGACGUCUUUGAUACGGUCCUGUGGGCCAUCGGACGAAAGGGUCUCAUCGAGGACCUCAACCUGGGCGCUGCUGGCGUACAGACCUACAACGACAAAGUCAUUGUAGAUCACACAGAGGCCACUAGUGUGCCCCACAUCUUUGCCGUGGGCGACAUCAUUUACGGCCGGCCAGAGUUGACUCCAGUGGCCAUUCUAUCCGGUCGCCUGCUGGCGCGACGCCUCUUCGCUGGCUCGACACAGCUGAUGGACUACACUGAUGUGGCCACCACUGUGUUCACGCCACUGGAGUACUCCUGCGUGGGCAUGUCCGAGGAGAUGGCUAUAGAGAGGCUGGGGGCCGAUAAUAUCGAGGUGUUUCACGGGUACUACAAGCCCACCGAGUUCUUCAUACCGCAGAAGAGUUUUCGCCACUGCUACCUCAAGGCUGUGGCCGAGGUGUCGGGCGAUCAAAAGAUUCUCGGCCUGCAUUACAUUGGGCCCGUGGCUGGGGAGGUCAUUCAGGGAUUCGCAGCAGCUCUGAAGUCGGGCCUCACUGUUAAGACGCUGCUUAACACUGUCGGCAUUCACCCCACAACCGCAGAAGAGUUCACUCGACUAUCGAUAACUAAACGUUCUGGUGUAGAUCCAACACCGGCCUCGUGUUGUAGUUAAAUGUACUAGUUAAGUUUAUGAAAUACACAAGUCUUAUUGCA